AUGGCGGGCAAGUACAAUGGUGUUCAGGCGCUCAUCCGUGAAAGAUUACCACUCGCUCACUACACCCAUUGUAAGUCACAAUGCCAAAACCUGUCAUUGGUCCACAGCUCCAAACUUCCAUGCGUCAGGACCAUGAUGUCUACAGUGCAGGAUAUCGCCUUUGCGUUUGACUACUCUGCGAAACGCCUCACAACAUUUGCAGAUGAACUGUCAGAAGCCGUUGUUACAAAGCAAGCGAUGGAAGGCCGACAGAAGUUGAAGACCUUGUGUGAAACAAGGUGGAUGAGCAGGGCAGAUGCGCUUCGUACAUUCAAAAAUGCCUACCGCGUUGUCGUCCAUGCGCUCGAAACUCUGCAGGAAAAUGGUGACGUCAAAGCCAGCGAUCACCUCAACGCUAUUCUGCAGUUCCAGUUUAUUGUUACUCUUGUGGCAACAGAGCACAUCUUGAGCAAUCUAGUAGGACUUACAGCAGUUCUUCAAGCGGUGGACAUGGAUCUCUUGGAGGCAAUCGAGCAAACGAAGGUGGUCAUGCAGAUAUAUCAAGCUGAGAGGGAUGACCCCCUUGUAUGGGAUGCCCUUUAUCAGGAAGCUGUGACCUUAGCUGACGAGUUCCAGAUUGACCCAGCAGUGCCACGACAAGCAGCAAGACAGAGGAACAGGGCGAACUAUGAUUUACAGGACCCGAGUCGGUAUUGGAAGGUCUCCGUCUUCUACGUUUUUGUUGACCACCUGCUUCAAGAAAUGGAUACUCGUAUCCUGAAGAAUGAAGAGCGCUUCCAGGCUCAAUGGUUAAUUCCGACCAAAUUUGAAGGUCUCCUGCCGGCCAAUGUGGACAGGAUCUACGAGGCCUAUGAACCAGACCUGCCCAAGACUCGGCAAGAGUUCAGCGAGGAAGUAAGGAGGUGGAAUCUGCGAUGGCAGUUGAAUGAUGCAAAGCCUUCGACACUGCUGGCGACACUCAACAAGACAUCGGAGGCAGCUUAUCCCUGCAUAUACAUUAUACUACAGAUACUGCUGACCAUGCCUGCCACAUCCGCCUCAUGUGAGCGCUCCUUCAGUUCAAUGAGGCGUAUCAAGACAUACCUUCGUUCAACAAUGACCGGCGAGAGGCUAUCCUCACUUGGCGUCCUCCAUAUUCAUCGCGAUGUUGAGAUAGACAUUAUUAAAAUCAUCAACGCUUUUGCUUCAACCCUUCGAUUAAGCGUUGGAGAUCGAACCACAGACCCUCCGAUCAAGCGUUGGCGUUCGAUCCAAAGACCCUCCGAUCAAGUGUUGGCGAUGGAAUCACAGACAUUCCGAUCAAGUGUUGGCGAUCGAACCAAAGACCUUCGGAUCAAGCGUCGGCGAUCGAAACAUAGACCCUCCAAUCAUGUGUUGGAGGGUCUGUGA